UCGGCUCGUUGGAGUCACAGUUUAUCUGAGUCUCAUCUCACGAAAACAAAUCGUAAAAUGUCUGGACGUGGUAAGACCGGUGGUAAAGCAAGGGCUAAGGCCAAGACUCGCUCUUCUCGUGCCGGGCUCCAGUUCCCAGUCGGCCGUGUUCACAGGCUGCUGAGGAAGGGUAACUAUGCCGAGCGUGUCGGUGCCGGCGCCCCCGUCUACCUGGCGGCUGUGCUGGAGUACCUGACCGCUGAGAUUCUGGAGUUGGCUGGAAACGCCGCCCGUGACAACAAGAAGACCCGUAUCAUUCCCCGCCACCUGCAGCUGGCCGUCCGCAACGACGAGGAGCUCAACAAACUGCUCGGCGGAGUCACUAUCGCUCAGGGCGGCGUGUUGCCCAACAUCCAGGCUGUUCUGCUGCCCAAGAAGACCGAGAAGCCCGCCAAGGCCAAGUAAAGCUGGACACUGGCUGACUGCUGACACCCACACCACAAAAAGGCUCUUUUAAGAGCCACAC